AUGUACUGGCCUGCUGGUGCACCCCGGAUAUACGCCGCAUGCAGAAACAAGGCAACCAAAGAUUAUGAUACUGAAACCGAGGAUUACAACCCAUUAUACGUGGCAACACAGAACGGCUGUAAUUUGUGUAUAGAUACAGAGAGAAGGGCCUCCGAGGUAGGGGGCGGAGAAGACCAGAAAUAUGAGUUGGGUUCAGAUUUAAUUCAGCCAACAACACCCAAGACACCAAAUAUCCAACCCGUGGAGCAAGAUUGCCAAAACCAAGAUAUCUCACUAGGAGACAAUGAAGAUGCCUCACACAUUAAUGCAGAAAGUAAGCCGUUGCUUUCUCUGAAGAUAUCACGGAAUGGAUAUUUCUUUGCGGUUAUUACAUCGGUUUCUCUAACAGUAUGGCAAACAAAACCAACAGCAAUUCUAGCUGUAGUGGUUCGUUCCAAGAAGUCAUUACACACUUAUGGUCCAAAUGUUUCUCUUCUAAUGCGACCGGAUGCGGCAAUAUUUGUAGUCCACACAACUUCUGGAUACCUCAUUACUUAUACUCUGGCAACAAAUCCAGAUGGCAGGGUUUACAACCCUUUUUUUAUUGGCUCAAAUAGCUCUCAGGUCCGAAGACCUAGUGACUACAGUGGCAGCAGGAACCAGCGAGAAGAUCGUCUCUUAAGAGGACCAGGCGAGGGAAGCGGAUUACGGGAAGUCAGUAUUCGUUUUCGAAUGGCCAUCCAAGUUGACGCGGGAAUCGAAAAGGCGUUGGCUCUCGACGAUGAACUAGUAGUAGCGACGCAUGAGCCAGCCGCGAUUCAGUGUAUUCGAUGGAUACCAGAUGACGCAGGAAGACAAACUAGUACGCAACUAUUUAGCAAAAUGGAAUGGCUUUCAAAAAAAAUAAGUAUAAUCGAUAUGGUGCAUGACAGACCAAUGAAUCUUUCUGCGUGGAUUACAAGUGAUGGGAAAGCAUAUGCAGUGCAGAGACUGAAAAAUUUGAAUGGUUCAGAAAAUAUCAUAGAAAUGUUCAAAGGCAAUUGUUUUCAUAUCCCUACCACACCCAGAAAUUACGGUAAAAAGGUAGCAAUUAAUGCCAGGUUUUCCCUAAUAGCCGUAGGGUGCUUUGAUUCUACCAUUCGGGUUUACACCGCAAGAGACUAUGAUGGAAAUAUCCCACCAUCCCAUAUUCAUAGAACUACCGUUUCAGAGAAUGAAUCAGGUAAAUUAAAUUGCCUAGCAUACUCUCCGGACGGAUACUGUUUAUUUGCUGGGUAUCAACAUGGCUGGGCCAUGUGGAGUGUAUUUGGAAAACCAGGAGCAACGAGUUUUGGGAUUGACUCUACACUUUCUCAGAUUCAGGGUGAGACAUGGCUUGAAGGAGUUAAGGAAGCUGUUUGGCUAGGGGGAGGAUUAGAAAUUCUUAUCAUUGGUAUCGAAGAUAAUAGAAUCUGGAUGCUCGAAAUGGCCAGGAGUGCUAUCACUGGGUGUUUUGGUCCUGCCAAUACCUUCCGAACAUUACUGCAGACUAAUUCGACAAUAGCUUUAUUUCGAGGGUAUGAUCUUUCUGACUUAAGCACAAUAUCAACGGAUCCUUCGUUAUGGCACGUUGCUCAAAUACCUUCAAGUUAUCUGCAUGAUCAAUGGCCUAUGCGCUGCUCUGUCAUAUCACCAGAUGGAAGGUACAUCGCGGUUGCAGGGAGACGUGGCUUAGCACACUAUAGUGUUUUCAGCGGUAAAUGGAAAACUUUUGUUGACGAAGAUGUCGAAAAUGAGUUUCAAGUUCGAGGGGGGAUGUGCUGGUAUCAAAAUAUCCUAGUUGCCGCCAUUGAAUACGGAAACAUAUAUCAGUUACGUCUCUUCUCCAGAGAAGCAGACCUUAACAACAUCUCUAUGCUUCAAAAUGAAAACCUUGCGGCACCGGCGGUAAUCAUUGCACCAUCAGGAGAAGAUUCCCUUCUAGUUUAUACAAGUGAUAAUCUUCUCUAUCAUUUUAUAUUUGUGCACAAUCUCGGACACCUUAAAAUAAAGCUAGUGGGACAAAUAGCAUUGCAUGGAAUUAUAAGAGCACCGGCGCGAGUACGAGGUCUAAGUUGGGUUUUACCAAACAAUGAUCGCUUCGAAGACGAUCGCUCUCUAGAAAUCGCAUUCGCAACUGUCCUAUUUCUUGUCGAUGGAAAAUUAGUGAUACUUCAACCCUCUUUGAACGAAGAGCAAAUACUCAAGUAUGACAUGCGUAUUAUCGCACAGAAUGUUGAGUUCUACAUUCUAAUGAGGGACUUGUCAACACAAAAUUUUAAAUCUCAUCAAAAUCUCGAAGCUUUGUCGCGGAAGGUAGAUAGCUCACAGGCAACUUAUGACAUGAUAAACAGUCUUCACGACUCUUUAUGGAUUUUUGAAGGUGUGGAGAUGAAAGGCUGGAUAGAUGUCCAAGAAAUUCUACAAUCCAACUCAUUUCUAUCGGGACGUGAUCUACCACCGACGGUUUCUAUUCCUGUAGAUUUCUAUCCCCUCUCAAUACUAAUUAACAAAGGGAUAGUUCUUGGCCUUGAGCCAGAUCUCAUUCAACGAAGGGAUGUAAACUUUGCCUUUUUAAAAUUUACCAUAAGAACACAUCUACUUAUCCCUUUAGUACUUCAAUUUCAUCUCUCCCGAUAUGACUAUAACGCAGCCCUAGAUACAGCACGAAAGUAUCAGAGCCUCGACUACUUCGCUCACGCCCUGGAAAUCCUUCUUCACAACGUUCUAGAUCUCGAAGUUGACACAAAGCCCUCUUCAGAAGAAGCCCUAUUACCAAGAGUUAUUUCAUUUUUAAUGCACUUUCAUCAAUAUCUCGAUAUUGUGGUGCAGUGCACUAGAAAGACAGAAGUAAGAUCUUGGCAUACGCUAUUUGCAUACCUACCACCAGCACAAGAGCUCUUCGAAGAGUCUUUAAGAAGAGGCUUGCUGAAGACUGCUGGAGGCUACUUGAUAAUACUUCAGACGUUCCAGGAAAUAAGUUCAAGCUCUGAGCAACUAGCUCGUCUUUUCGCCAAAGCUAAGGAGGCAGAGGAUUGGUCUUUGUGUAAAGAACUAGCACGUUUUCUAAUGGCCAUAGAUCAAUCAGGGACUGCACUAGAAAAAGCAAUGAGAAAUUUCAACCUAAAUGAUCCUCUGGAAGGUCAAACUAGUGACGCUAUACUUUAG